GAAGCAUCUGUCAGCUCAGCUACCUGGGAGUCUCUUGUCCUCUCUGCACUCUGGCUGUCGCUGCCGCCGCCGCCGCCAUGAAAACUCAUUACUUUCUCCUGGUGAUGUUAUUUUUUCUCUUCUCCCAGAUGGAGCCAGGUGCUGGUAUUCUCACAAGUCUUGGCCGCAGAACAGACCAAUACCGAUGCCUCCAACAUGGAGGAUUCUGUCUCCGCUCCAGUUGCCCUUCUCAUACCAGACUACAGGGAACCUGUAAACCAGAUAAGCCCAACUGUUGCAAGAGUUGACAGUGAUUUGAAGAAUGAACAUAAAAGACAAGUGAGGGAUAAACCAUUAGUAUUUUAAUAAAAGAAAUGUUUUUAAAGCCUAUUUA